AUGGCGUCUAACGGAGAGGCCGCCAAGCCGGUCAUCAUGAACGAAGAGGAGCUGAAGCGGAAGCAGAGGGAGAAGCUGAAGAAGCUGCAGGCCACGGGGGGCAACCCUCGACCGGCGAGAACCCUCUUCAUCUUCGGCCUCAAGAAUCCCUUCCGCAAGGCCUGCAUUAACAUCGUAGAGUGGAAAACCUUUGAGUACAUCAUCUUAUUGACCAUCUUUGCAAACUGUAUUGCUCUGGCUGUGUUCCUGCCCAUGCCUGAAGAAGAUAGUAAUAACACCAACGAAAACUUGGAGAGUUUGGAGUAUAUCUUCAUGAUCGUCUUCACAUUAGAGUGCUUUCUGAAGAUAGUGGCGUACGGGCUCUUUUUCCACGAAGGCGCCUAUUUACGGAACUGUUGGAACAUAUUGGACUUUGUCAUCGUCUUCAUGGGACUCUUCACCUUUGCUUUGGAUACGAUCCAUAUGAUAAUCGACAUUCCAGUGGAGAAGGGUGGGGGGUUUGACAUGAAGGCACUGAGAGCCUUCAGAGUGCUGCGACCCCUGCGCCUCGUCUCUGGAGUCCCCAGCCUGCAGGUGGUGAUGAACUCCAUCCUCAAGGCUAUGCUGCCUCUGCUGCACAUCGCCCUGCUCGUCUUUUUACUGGUCACCAUCUAUGCCAUCAUGGGCCUGGAGCUCUUCAAGUGCAAAAUGCAUAAGACCUGUUACUACACUGGCACAAGUAUCUUAGCUACAGCAGAGGCUGAGCUGCCUGCUCCGUGCGCUCAGGCCGGUAACGGACGCCGUUGCCUCAUCAACGGCACGGAGUGUCGGCCAGGCUGGGAAGGUCCCAACAAUGGCAUCACCCACUUCGACAACAUUGGUUUUGCCAUGUUGACUGUCUACCAGUGUAUCACGAUGGAGGGAUGGACCAAAGUGCUCUACUGGGUCAAUGAUGCCAUAGGAUACGAAUGGCCCUGGGUCUACUUUGUUCCCCUCAUCCUGAUUGGUUCCUUCUUCAUGCUCAAUCUGGUUCUGGGUGUGCUCAGCGGAGAGUUUACCAAAGAGAGAGAGAAGGCGAGGUCGCGUGGAGAGUUUCAGGAAAUGCGAGAGCGUCAGCAGCUGGAUGAAGACCUGCAUGGCUACAUGGAGUGGAUCACUCACGCUGAGAUCCUGGAUGCCGAUCGCGAGGGCAAAGGUCUGCUGCCUUUGACCAACGGGGACUCUGACGCAGACAGCCUGUAUGGCCUGGAAGGCAAGAGUCGAGUCAUCUACUAUUACCGCUUGGCCCGUCGCUGGAAUCGCUUCUUCAGGAUGAAGUGCCUGGUGUAUGUGAAAACCAGAGGCUUUUACUGGUUGGUGAUGUUCCUUGUUUUACUCAACACCCUGACCAUAGCGACCGAGUUCCACCACCAGUCGGAAAAUCUCACUGCCCUACAAGAUGUUGCCAGUCGUGUGCUGCUGGUGCUGUUUGUCAUCGAGAUGUUUUUGAAGAUGUAUGCGCUGGGUCCUAGAGCCUACUUCAUGUCUCUGUUUAACCGCUUUGACUUCUUCGUCGUGCUCUGCGGCAUCCUGGAGAUGAUAAUGAUGUCUGUAGGAUCCGUGGCCCCUCUGGGUUUCUCGGUACUCAGGUGUAUUCGGCUGCUGAGGAUCCUUAAAGUCACAAAGUACUGGACCCCUCUGAGUAAUCUUGUGGCCUCCCUCCUCAACUCCGUCCGCUCCAUUGCCUCCCUGCUCCUCCUCCUCUUCCUCUUCAUCGUCAUCUUCUCGCUCCUCGGCAUGCAGGUGUUUGGGGGGAAAUUCAACUUUACCUACAGCAGACCCAGUCGCAGUAACUUUGACAAUUUCCCUCAAGCCCUCAUCAGUGUGUUCCAGAUCCUCACAGGAGAGGAAUGGACCACCAUCAUGUAUAACGGCAUCAUGGCCUAUGGAGGGCCUGCCAUCCCCGGCAUCCUGGUCUCCAUCUACUUCAUCUUCCUCUUUGUCUGUGGAAACUAUAUCCUCCUCAAUGUCUUCUUGGCCAUCGCCGUCGACAACCUGGCAGAGGCUGAGAGUCUGACGUCGGCUCAGAAAGAAAAGGCAGAGGAGAAGUUGAAGAGGAAGUUACAAAGGUCCAAAAUGCCUGACAAGAAUGAUGAGGAGAGGGAGCGGAUUGCUAAGAAACUGGCAGAGCAGAGAGCCAAGACAGAGUGCAUGCCCACCACAGCCAAGCUCAAAAUUGAUGAAUUUGAGUCCAACGUCAAUGAAGUGAAAGACCCAUUCCCACCUGCCGACUUCCCAGGUGAUGACGAGGAGGAAGAGCCCGCGAUCCCCCUCAGCCCUCGGCCCCGACCGAUGGCCGACCUGCAGCUGAAAGAAGAAGCGGUUCCAUUGCCUGAAGCCAGCUCCUUUUUCAUCUUUGGCCCUCAGAACAAGUUCCGGAAGUUGUGCUACAAGAUCAUCAACGCCUCGUCCUUCACCAACUUGAUCCUCCUGUUCAUCCUGCUGUCCUCCAUCUCCCUGGCAGCUGAGGACCCCAUCGAUCCCAAGUCCUACAGAAACAAGAUCUUGGCCUAUGCUGACAUCGUCUUCACAACCGUGUUCACCAUUGAGAUUGUGCUCAAGAUGACAGUGUACGGAGCCUUCAUGCACACAGGCUCUUUCUGCCGUAACUCCUUCAACAUCCUGGAUCUGCUUGUGGUGUCAGUCUCCCUGCUGUCUAUGGGAAUGGAAUCCAGUGCCAUCUCUGUGGUGAAGAUUCUCAGGGUGUUGAGGGUGCUCAGGCCUCUCAGGGCCAUCAACCGAGCUAAAGGCUUAAAGCAUGUUGUCCAGUGCGUGUUUGUCGCCAUCAAAACCAUCGGAAACAUCGUCCUGGUCACCAUGCUGUUGAAUUUCAUGUUUGCCUGUAUCGGGGUACAACUCUUUAAGGGUAAGUUCUACAGCUGCACAGACCCGUCCAAAAUGACCGGGGAGGAAUGCCAGGGAUCCUUCUUGAAGCCCAUGGAGAAUUCCCUGCAGGACACAGUGCUGGCUGAGAGACAGUGGCUCAACAGUGACUUCAACUUUGACAAUGUGCUCAACGGCAUGCUGGCUCUCUUCACUGUCUCCACAUUUGAGGGCUGGCCAAAACUGUUGUACAGAGCCAUCGAUUCAGACGCAGAGGACAUGGGUCCCGUCUUCAACAACCGCGUGGACGUGUCCAUCUUCUUCAUCGUCUACAUCAUCCUCAUCGCCUUCUUCAUGAUGAACAUCUUCGUGGGCUUCGUCAUCGUCACCUUCCAGGAGCAGGGCGAGCAGGAGUAUAAGAACUGUGAGCUGGACAAGAACCAGCGUCAGUGUGUGCAGUACGCCCUGAAGGCUCGUCCUCUGAGGUGCUACAUCCCCAAAAACCCCUACCAGUACAGGGUCUGGUACAUCGUCACCUCCUGCUACUUUGAGUAUCUCAUGUUCUUCCUAAUCAUGCUCAACACCUUGUGUCUGGGGAUGCAGCACUGUAACCAGUCCGACCAUGUGACCAAGCUGUCAGACAUGCUGAACUUGAUCUUCACCGUGCUCUUCACUGUGGAGAUGAUUCUCAAGCUCAUGGCCUUCAAAGCGAGAGGCUACUUCGGAGACCCCUGGAACGUCUUUGAUUUCGUUAUUGUUAUCGGUAGCGUCGUUGAUGUCAUCCUGAGCGAAGUCGAUACUGCCCUGGCCUCCAGUGGAGGACUGUACUGUCUCCAUGGCUGUGCUGAGACGAAUCCUAUGCAAGUAAUUGCGGCUUCAGAAAACGCUUCAGUUUCCAUCACCUUCUUCCGACUCUUCCGUGUCAUGCGUCUGGUCAAACUGCUGAACCGCUCGGAGGGCAUCCGUAACCUGCUCUGGACUUUCAUCAAGUCCUUCCAGGCUCUUCCUCAUGUAGCGCUGCUCAUCAUCAUGCUUUUCUUUAUCUACGCUGUCAUCGGGAUGCAGAUCUUCGGAAAGGUCGCCUUAGUGGACGGCACCCAGGUCAACCGCAACAACAACUUCCAGACAUUCCCUCAGGCUGUUCUGAUGUUAUUCCGAUGUGCAACUGGAGAGGCUUGGCAGGAAGUCAUGAUGGCUUCGAUGUACGGGAAGAAGUGUGACCCUAAGUCUGACUUCCUGCCAGGAGAGGAGUUCACCUGCGGGUCCAACUUCGCUGUCUUCUACUUCCUUAGCUUCUAUUGUCUCUGUGCAUUCUUGAUCCUCAACCUGUUUGUCGCUGUCAUCAUGGAUAACUUUGACUACCUGACCCGUGAUUGGUCCCUGCUCGGUCCUCAUCAUCUGGAUGAGUUUAAGAAGAUCUGGGCUGAAUACGACCCUGAAGCCACUGGGAGAAUUAAACAUCUGGAUGUGGUGACGCUGCUGCGACGCAUCCAGCCUCCACUGGGCUUUGGCAAGUUCUGUCCUCAUCGAGCUGCGUGCAAGCGUCUGGUUGGUAUGAACAUGCCUCUCAACAGUGACGGCACGGUCACCUUCAAUGCCACCCUGUUUGCUCUGGUCAGAACGGCUCUCAAGAUCAAAACUGAAGGCAAUUUCGAGCAGGCCAAUGAGGAGCUGAGGGCCAUCAUAAAGAAAAUCUGGAAACGCACCAGUAUGAAACUCUUAGACCAAGUCAUCCCCCCGAUAGGAGAUGAUGAGGUGACUGUGGGGAAAUUCUACGCCACCUUCCUGCUCCAGGACUGCUUACGCAAAUUCUUGAAGCGGCAAGAGGAGUAUUACGGCUACAGGCCCACGAAGAAGAACGCCUCAGGCCCAGAGAUCCAGGCGGGGCUGAGGAGUAUCGAUGAAGAGGCCGCUCCAGAGAUGCACAGGACCAUUUCAGGAGACCUGCAGAAUGAGGACGAGAUGGACAGAGCCAUGGAGGAGUCUGGAGAAGAGGGAAUUUACCAGCGCACACACGGCCUGUUCGGUAACCGGGUGGACUCAUUCUCCUCGGAACCCACCAACGCUCAGUCCCCACAGAUGACCAGUCAGCGGCCUCUCAAGUUCUCCGACAGCCAACCUGAGUCUCCACCAGACUUCCCCACUACCGAAGGUUACCCCUCAGCCAUGAGGAACAACACUAACAACAACGCCUUCGCAGAUUUUUCAUAUGAAAGAGAGGGCAGUCCCGUGGAGUUUUCCCAUCCCAGUGAGGACGCAGAGCCAGGUAACAGGCGCUCCUGGAGCUUCCCUGUGAGAACAGACAGAACACAGUUCCCGUAUGACCCGAACUAUGGUGACAAUCAGAGUCAGAGCUCCCACACUGCAGCUGACCAGCUCGUCCACGAGGCUCUAGUGAAGGGCGGUCUCGCCUCCCUGGCUAGAGACGGUGACUUUGUGUCUGCCUCUAAACAGGAGAUGGCUGAUGCCUUGCGUAUCCCCAUGGCUGAGAUGGAAGGGAUGGCUCGGGGCAUCCUGAACGAACGCUCCGGCAGCAUGACCUCCGUCAAAAAGAGACGCGCCGUCCCUGAACCUCCUUCUGGCCCAUCUGUGGCCAAACAGGCAACAAGGCAGCCAGACCCAGCUGUGAGGAGGAAGAGACGUCCCAUCCCCGUGGUUCCCUCUGUACAUGAGCAGGCAGAGGCCGACUCUAAAGUUUAG